AUGUUUUUGAUUGUCUCAUCAGGUUUGUUUACUGAUUACUUUUCGUACACCAUACGUCAUACACUGCUGAUAGUUUUACACUUGACUCUGUUAACUGUUACACUGAAAAGAAACCUAAGUGAGGUUUUUACAAUGGCACAGCUGUCUGCAGAGGGAUGGAGACAUUUUCAAUCACUGAAUGCUUUGUUUGAAAAUGCUCAGUUGAAGGGACAAAAGCCAAAGGCCACUGACAUUGUGAACAAGGGGAAGCCAGUGCUAAAGCAGUGGCAGUUGAAGCCUCUUUGUAGCUUGUCAACUCAGGACCAAAAUUUCCUGUUAGAGAAGGUGUCAAAACUUGAGAUGAGCUUGGAGGAGAUGAAGUCUGCAGCUUCAGAAAUAAAGUUAUUGCGGCCAGUUCAAGAAGCCGUUGUUCUAUUCUUUAAGGCAGAGACUUGGGAAGGGGUUGCAGAUGAAUUUGGAUCUGAAGUCUUGCCAGAGAAGCUGUUACGCUCUGCUGUGAAGGAUUUUGAACAAUUUCAUGAAUUCCAAAAAUAUUUAGAAAGACUGAGGAGACAGAGAGAUGAUGAGGGUGUCCAGGAAGUGGAUGGUCUAGUGGAUGGCAAAAAUGGAGCAAAGGGAAUCAUUGUCUUUUCUCAGGAUUUCAGCAUGGUGGAACAGGCAGCUGUAGUAAAGUUACUUCAUUUUCAUGGUGCGUUUUUGGCCAUAGGGAAUGCAGGCAAUGACUGUGAAAAUGUUUUGGAUGUGAUUAGCCUUAUAUCCAGGCUAAAUUUCACAAAGACAACAUCCUUCAACCUUGUCCUAUUCACGAAUGUUGAUGAUGUCAAGGUAGUCAAGGAACAGAUGAUAGAGGGGGGAGCAGCAGAUACUCAAACAGCACAUUUCUAUGUGAAAAAUGUUCCCCAAAGACGCGAGAAGACAGGCCCUUAUUUGAGAGAAGCAGUGAAGACCUUUGUCAUGGGCCACUGGUCAGUGUCACGACAAGUCACCACCAGACAUUUGUCCAUCUCUUCAAGCCCAGAAAAUUUAAUCACUGUGGACUAUGCCCCAAACCAGCCAUUGCCGGAAGAUUCCUUUUCCUGGCUGGUGGAGCAUCUCUCUAGAGAAGGAGAUACAGUUGUCGAUGUUAAUAGUAAAAGUGGGAGUGCCUUUGUUGCGGCCCUCAAAGGAGGCAGAAAUGCUGUGUGGAUUAGCUCUUCCUCCUCUGAAAUGCAAAGUGAGAUCAAAGCAACAGUUGACAGUAUUUUUGCCAGUGACUCUGAAAUGAUCAUUCUUCAC